AUGGCUUUUUUCCCAAGAACCUGCUAUAAGUGUGGUAUGACUGGUCACAAGGCUGAGGACUGUCCUCAGGCCCAGAGAUUAUGUUAUAACUGCCAUUCUCCAGAUCAUGAGGCAAAGGAUUGUCCUAUGCCUAAGCAGAACACCCAGAAGCAGUGCUUUAACUGUGGUAAGGUUGGUCAUAUUCAGGCAGAGUGCCCUGAACCAGCCCAUUCCCAGGCCAAGUGCUACAACUGUGGUAAGGUUGGUCACAUUGCCAAGGAUUGUUAUGCUCCAAAAAGAGUCUCUGAUAAGGUCGUUUGCUAUAAUUGUGGAGGUGCAAACCAUAUGGCUAAAGACUGUAGAGCUACUCCUGUUAAGUGUUACAACUGUGGUCAAACUGGUCAUCUUGCCAAGUUUUGCCAGAGCACUAAGACUGAUGCUGCCCCAGCCAUUUCCACUAGAUCCAAUGUUUGCUUCAAGUGUGGAGAAGAGGGUCAUAUUGCCAAGUUCUGUCCUUUGAAUGAGCAGGAAGAGGAGCCUGAGGCCGUUGCAGAGCCUGAGGCUUAA